CGGUUUCCCUGGUGCCGCCGUGGCCGCCGCGGGAGCUGUCCAGUGCUGAAAACGGAUGCGGCCGGGCCGGCGAGGCUCAGACCAGAACCAGCCUCACCCAGCUGCUGGAAGCUCUGACGCAGGGCCCGGGGAGAGCAAGGAGCAGUGGGCUCCCGGCUGGCAUGGACCUGCAGAGACUCGACUCCUACCAGGGGGAACCUGGCCCCGACUUCAACGAGCAUGUCCUGCAUAAGACCAUCCUGGUGGGUGACAGUGGCGUGGGGAAAACAUCUCUGCUGGUUCAGUUCGACCAGGGCAAGUUCAUCCCAGGCUCCUUCUCGGCCACCGUGGGCAUCGGAUUCACAAACAAGGUGGUGACCGUGGAUGGUGUGAGGGUGAAGCUGCAGAUCUGGGACACUGCAGGGCAGGAGCGCUUCCGCAGUGUCACCCACGCCUACUACAGAGAUGCCCAGGCCUUGCUCCUGCUCUAUGACAUCACCAACAAAUCUUCCUUUGACAACAUCAGGGCCUGGCUCACUGAGAUUCAUGAGUAUGCCCGGAGGGAUGUGGUGAUCGUGCUGCUAGGCAACAAGGCGGAUGUGAGCAGCGAAAGGGUGAUCCGCUCAGAGGACGGAGAGACUCUGGCCAGGGAAUAUGGCGUUCCCUUCAUGGAGACCAGCGCCAAGACGGGCAUGAAUGUGGAGUUAGCCUUCCUGGCCAUUGCCAAGGAGCUGAAACACCGCGCAGGGAGACAAGCUAACGAGCCCAGCUUCCAGAUCCGAGAUUACGUGGAGUCUCAGAAAAAACGCCCCAGCUGCUGCUCCUUUGUGUGACUCCCAAGGGGCUGAGAAGAGGCCCCAGAGGCCCUCGGGAUAUAGCUGUGUCCCCAGCACUGGCUUAUUGUGAGCGGCGGAGUCAGGAGGUCUCACACACAGUCUUUUAGCCUGGGCAGCUGUCUCAUAGGUCCCACCCCUUUUCCGGUAGCUUCCUGUAUUCUGGGGAAAGGCAAACUAUUUUAUCUCAUUUUAUCUUAAGGAUACAUAACUUAAUACCAAAAAAAGAAAAAAGUAAUAAGAUGCCCAGAAAACUAAGAUAGGGACCUGGCAGUCCUUUUGCCUUCUUGAACUCAGAGCUAGGAUCUGAGAGGGUGGGCCUCCCUCCUAGCAACAAGAGUGGUUAUAGCCCCAGCUCUGUGUCAGGGGACACUACUGGCCCUGUGAGAGCUGCUAGUGACCCCCACACCAUCCUCCCUUCAUUUGGAAAGACUAAACAGCCCUCGCCUUCACUUCUUCCAGCUCCCUAGGGCAUGCUCUUCCCCAGUAAAUUUCACUGGGAGCUUAGACAUUGGGGAAGACAGUUGUAGAGAUUAAGAGGGGCCAUCUUCCGGGGGCACAAAUGGAGCAGUAGUAGAGACUAGGGUCUGUUCUUCGCUACCUCUGGCCUUCUGACCCCUUCCUGGAGAUAUACCCCCUCCCCUCCAGCAUCCAAGCACUCUGGAGCACCUGGAAACUUUGGUUCCUGUUUCCCAGACCUCAGAUCCCAGAGGAAGCCCUCCCUACCACGUUGUCUCAUCUGCCUUUCAACUUGUGUCUCUAGAUACCUGAGGUAAUUAGAAAAAGGUCUUUCUUCCCUUUCCAGUCCUUUGGAGGGUGAGCAACCCCACAGCUACUUCUUCAAGCAGCAGGGGUGCUUAGCUCCCUGGAUAAAGAGCUGGACAGGGGAUGGCAAAAUAGCUCAGUGCACCACAGUGCCGAGCCCAGCCCCCAGGCUCUCUAAGAC